AUGUCUACACCAUAUGACUCUAAAAUACAUUUGGUUAAGAAUCACGGUGAUAGUGUUUCACAAGAGAAAUAUGCACAAAUCAUUGGUAGUUUAAUGUUCUUGACAAACUGUACACGCCUUGAUAAUGCUUAUGCUGUUAGUAGAUUGAGUAGAUAUACUCAUAAUCCUAGUGUUGAGCAUUGGGAUGCAAUCUCUAGAUUGUUGAGAUAUUUAAAGGGCACAAUUAAUUAUGGUUUGUCAUAUUAUGGUUUUCCUGCUAUAUUAGAAGGGUAUUGUGAUGCUAACUGGAUUUCUGAUUCAGAUGAACUAAAGCCUACUAGUGGCUAUGUAUUCACAUUAGCAGGAGGAGCUAUAUCUUGGAAGUCCUCCAAACAAACUUGCAUAGCAAGAUCCACAAUGGAGGCAGAGUUAGUUGCCUUGGAGAAGGCUGGAACUAAAGCUGCCAUAGCUCGAGCCAAGAGCAAGAUCUAUAAUGGGAAAAGUCGACAUAUCCGAUUAAGGCACAAUAUUGUGAGGCAACUUAUUGAGACCUGUCCAUUGUGCCACAUUGAUGAGAGCUUUGCCUUGAUAAAAUUCAAGGAAAACUUUACCAUCAAUCAAUCUGCAUCUUCUGAUCCUUCCACUUAUUCGAAGGUUUCAAUGUGGAAGCCUGAAAGUGGCAAUUGCUGCAAGUGGUAUGGUAUUAAGUGCAAUAAUGACAUGGGUCAUGUGAUUAGUCUCGACCUCAGCAGCAGCUGUCUUUAUGGCUCGAUCAACUCCAGUAGCAGUCUCUUUCAGCUUGUUCACCUCCAGAGCCUUAAUCUUGCUGACAAUGACUUUAAUUCUUCUCAAAUUCCAACUGAAUGUGGCUUGCAUGGUGAGUUUCCCACGGGAAUUUUUCAUCUACCGAAUCUUUGGUCUCAUGAUGUGAGAGACAAUACAAAUCUCAUCGGAAGAAUUCCAGAAUUGAACAGGAGCAACCCCCUUGAAUCAUUGGCACUUUCUUCGACGAGUUUCUCCACUAAGAUACCGGACUCAAUUGGUAAACUUAAUUCCCUAGAUUAUUUUGGUGCUAUAAAUUACCAUUUCUCUGGAACAAUACCAUCUUCACUUGGUAAUCUUACCCAACUAAUCUCACUACGACUAGCAGAUAAUUGGUUGCAUGGUUCAAUUCCACAUUCAAUAUCUGGGCUUGUGAAUCUUAAACAUCUUGAUCUAUCUUAUAAUCACUUGAGUGGCACGGUGGAAUUUGACUUGUUUCUGAAAUUUAAAAACCUCACACAUCUCAUUCUAUCUAAUAACAAUAUUUCAUUGCUUACAAAGCCAAGAACCAACGCAACUCUUCCAAAAUUUGAAGCUUUAUUUCUAGGUUCCUGUGACUUAAGUGAAUUCCCAGAUUUUCUAAAUAACCAAGAUGAGUUGUUGUAUUUGAAUCUUUCUCUCAACAAGAUUCAUGGCCAAAUUCCAAAAUGGAUGUGGAAUUUAAGUAAAGAAACUCUCUUUGAGUUAUAUUUGGAUUCCAACUCUCUAACUGGUUUUGAUGAACUUCCAAUUUUUCCCACCAGGACUAAUCUAAAGAUUUUGGAUCUUAGUUCUAACAAGCUUCGAGGUUCACUCACAAUCCCACCACCUUCUAUCCUUUGGUAUCCAGUCUCAAACAACACACUGACUGGAGAAAUCCCACAAUCAAUUUGCAAUCUCACUUCAAUUCUUAUUCUUGAUUUGUCAAGCAAUUACUUGAGUGGUCCUAUACCAUCUUGCUUGGGGAACUUAACGGAGCUAGAAUCAUUGGAUCUCUCUCAAAACAAGCUAGACAAUGUGAUCCCUUUUCAACUCACGCAAUUGACUUUCCUUGAAUCCUUUAAUGUCUCCCAUAAUCUUCUCACAGGACCUAUACCGCAAGGGAAUCAAUUUGGCACAUUUCCUAACAAUUCGUUCAGUAAUAAUCCUGAAUUAUGUGGAAGCCCUUUGUCAAAGAAAUGUGGAAAUUCUAAGGUUGCAUCUCUUCCACCUUUAACCUUUGAAGGGGAUCAAAGUUUAGAUUCUAUAUUUGAAUUCAGUUGGAAAGGGAAGAGUAGACGAUGGAGGUUCCUACAUAUAGAUGACCAGGAGUAUAGACCAGUACUUCCUGAGAAUGUGGAAGGGUCUCAGCCGGUUCCAUACGACACGGAGCACACAUAUGAUCCGCUUACUCCGCUGCCUAUGAUGAGCGAGAUGGGGAUAUGUGCACAUGACGAGCCGGAUGACAGUGAGACACAAUACUAUCCGGAGGAUGUGGAUGGUAGGACAGGUGUCACACAUGACUCGCAGCCCGAUGACCCUCCAAAAGUGUUGACCAGUCGCCAGCUCCGAGCAAUAAGCAUCGACAGAGACGGGUGCACCCAUUUUCAGGUGGUGACCAUCCCACCAUCGAACAAGACAUGGGAUGUCCCCACUGGGCAAAAGGUCGUGUGCGAGUACAAUCGGGUGUGA